AUGACCACGUGGCCGUGGAGCUCGUCGACUUUGCCGAGCCUCGAGUCCGAGACGCCGAUUCUGCGCAUUGGCGACUUUACGCUCUACGGCGUGUACGAAGAUGCGAUUGGCACCGACGUCUUCUACGACCUCCAGGCGAGUGAGAAGACGACGCUGCAUGCCACGAGCAAGCGGCUCAAGUUUACAAUUGCACCCAAAGACAAGAACGCGUUCCAUAAGAAGACCAUGAAGGUUGUGUAA